AUGACUAAGGAGGACUUCGCCAGACCAGAUCUUCAAGGCUGGUGGAAGGAGGAUCUUAGCGACUCUUUGGCUGCUAAAUGGGAAGAAUGGAGGAGAGAAGGCGUGAAAUUCAAAGACUUAUUUGCCAAGACAAAUUCAUAUACAGAUUUUUGGGUGAGCGCUGCGAAAUCUAUCCAAAGUGUAGGGAGAUACGCGACAGGAAUAACGCAGUACUACUCUUUCAAUGCUCCGGGCACGGAAAAUCCGCCACCUAGCAAGGCCGAAGACCGAAAAACCUACCGCCAUGGUCGGAUCGUUUACGGGACACUCAAGCUGACUUCUAAAUUAUGUACAUAUUUUGAUGCCGCUGCAAUUGCUCUUUUCACAAUCUUGGAAGUUGGAGAUGUCAAAGCGACUUGUAUUGAAGGAGCUGCAGGGGAUGAUUUCUUCUACGAGAGUCUUACUGCGCUGAUUGACUUAUUAUGGCGCCGUUUAGCUGAUGAGCAAAAGGAGGCCACACAGGGCAGAUUGCCGAUGAUAAAUCCAACAGCCUUUCAUUCGUUGUAUACGGGUGACAACUAUAAAGACACAUGUGAGAAACUGAAGGUACAGCCCUUCAUCAACAUUCCCGCAGAGUAUUCCUUCGAAUACCCUGCCAAAGAGAUACUCAGCGCAAUGCGAAAACGGUCGGAACAUAUUUCCAAAUGCUCCGCCGAUCAUAAAGUCACAGACAAUUCCGAGUUUUUGUCGCCUGACAAAUCGAAGGCAUUCAUCCUUCUUAACGCACCACGACUCGCAAAACAUAUAACGGACGAGGAGAGAGAUAAUCGUGCCAAGCGGUAUGAAGGCAAACAACAAAAGAAUGUCCAGCUUGCUUUGAGUGUCUUGAAAGGCACAGCAUCGCAGAAAGACCUUAGGACGGCGUCAAUGGAGGUUGUCCUCAUAGUAAUCGAUAUUUUGCUUGAUCAGAGUCCAAACGGACCCCCACCAAAGCCGCCGCCAAAAAGAAACCAAGUAACAAAAGCAAAGCAAGCGGCAAAAAGAAUGAAAGCAUCUGAAAAAGCAGUCAAUGAGAAAACGAGCAGUGAUGUUUCGGAGGCGCAGCCUCGGCUAUUACCAUUGUGGCACAGUCAACAGGACAGUAUUGGUCAGGCAUCCGGGAUCAUGAAUGGCGGAAGCAACGCAUACUACAAUACUACGUUUCCCGAGGAGCAGGUUAACACAGCCUCAAUCAGCAUGCCGGCCGCAGGCGGCAUCUCGACAGGGCUGGUGCCAGGCGGGAACAUCGUGACGGACGAACGGCUGCCUCCAGGUGAUUAUGGAGAUAUAGGUGGAGGUAUCAUGGGCGGGCCUUACAGACCAAAUGAUGAUGGUGCGCUGUUUGGUAGCUUCGAUACCUCUGAAGCUGAUACUGGUCUGCCGGAUAUGGACUGGGAGGAUCUCGAGGGUUGGGCGCAAAUGCUCUCGUGGAAUGAGUCUGACGCCAAUAUCGGUCUGCCGUCAAUAUAUUAG